AUGCAGUCUCAUGACUUAGUCUUUCCUCUGUUACCUAUUAAAGGAGGAGACAAGACGUACAUAGACAGCUUCAGUUCAGACACCCAGAAGGACCCAGAAAGGCAAGACAAUUUAACAGAGCUAACUGUGAGUAAAUACCGGGCAUUAGAGACAGCUCUUUGGUUUGCCUUCAUGCUGCCCACUUUCUUCGCUGCAUUCAUCCUGUCUGCUUGCUGCUUAACCAAGGGCGACUGCCUCUCCCAUGGUGAGCUGAAAGAGCUGAAGACUGAAUUUGCCAUCAACCUCUACCAGCACAUGGCUGAAGCAGAGAACAGAACCAACCUAGUGGUGUCACCAGCCAGCGUGGCGGUUUCCCUGGAGCUGCUGCAGUGUGGAGCUCAAGGAAAUACCUUUACAGAGCUGCAGGAUGCCCUAGGAUACAGCAUUCAUGAUCAGAGCGUGCAGGAUUUCUUGCACGCGGCGCAUGAAGGGGCGACCGGCAGCUCCAGCCAAGGCACCACGGUCCAGCAGGCUUGUUCUCUCUUUGUGCAAGCAGGAGUUCAGCUCUUGCCCCACUUCGUUGCAUGUACCGCGUGCUGGGUGAACAGCAGCCUGCAGCAAGCCAACUUCAGCGACCCUAACGCCACUGCAGCCCAAAUACAGGAAUGGGUUACCAGCAACACUGGAGAUGGAGAUGUCCACAGCAUGUCCUUGGAGACAGCUGCAUUGCCUCUCAAUCAAAUCGCUGUGGUGAGCACCAUGUACUUCAAAAGCACGUGGCAAAAGAAAUUUUCCUUCAUGGACACCCAGAUCUUGCCUUUUACUACAGCAGAGGGCUCAACCCUGAAAGUGCCUACAAUGCAUCACACAGCUGAAGUUAACUAUGGCCAGUUCCAGACGGCGUCUCUGGAGCCGUUCAGCGUGGUGGAGUUACCGUACGUCGGGGAGAAAAUCAGCAUGUUCGUGGUGCUUCCCGGCCACAGGAGCACGUCGCUGGCCCGGAUUGAGUCGCACCUUUCUGCCAAAGCCGUAACCCUCUGGGCCAACAGCUUGCAGAGGAUGAAGAUGGACGUUUUUCUACCUCGAUUCAGUAUCCAAAGCCAUUUUGACCUAAAGGCAGCUUUUUCUGCCUUGGGAAUUACAGAUAUAUUUGAUCCCAUCAACGCUGAUUUUAGAGAUAUUUCAGAGCAAGGCAGUCUUUAUGUUUCAGAAGCUAUCCACAAAGCAAAGAUUGAAGUAACGGAAGAUGGUACGAAGGCAUCAGGAGCCACAGCGAUGGUAUUACUCAAAAGAUCUCGAACACCUAUUUUCAAAGCAGAUAGACCUUUUACUUUCUUCCUGAGGCAAGCUAAUACAGGUAUGUAG